UCACCUCCAUGAUACAGUGCUCAACCACAAGAAGAAAUAUACAGCAUUUUACUCUAGCAUGUGCCAUGUAUAGGACUCAUAAAGAAAAGGGAUCACCUUCUGCUACUAAUUCUAUUGGAUUAUAAAUGUCACAAGGAGUUUUAGCAAUAUACAGUACUUCUACUGAGAAGAAGAAUGGCUGGAUUACAACUGCAGGAAGGACAAUCAAUGCAAGGACUCAGAGGGCAAGUAAUAUUUCUCUUCUUAUUUUCCUGGCUGUGCCAUUCAGUCUCUGGUCAGAUUCAUUAUUCUAUUAAUGAAGAAUUAAGAAAAGGUUCAAUUGUUGGAAAUUUAUCAAAUGAUCUUGAGCUAAAUAUUAAUGAUCUUUCCAGAAGAAGAUUACGUAUUGUGUCUGAUAUGUCUGAGAAAUAUUUCAAUAUAAAUCUUGAUAAUGGAAACCUAGUCAUCGCUGAUAGGAUAGAUAGGGAGACAUUAUGUGGAGCUUCAGCUGAUUGUGUCCUUACAUUCGAUGCUGUGGUAGAAAAUCCACUAAAUGUCUUCAGUAUAAAGAUUGAUAUUCAGGAUAUAAAUGACAAUCCUCCUACAUUUGUCCAUGAAAAUAUUAAAAUAGAAAUGAGUGAAUCGACCUCUCCAGGAAGAAGAUUUCUUUUACAAAAUGCAGAAGAUUUGGAUAUAGGUAUUAAUUCUCUGAUAACCUACAAACUCAGUGCUAACCAGUAUUUUGCUCUUGGAGAGAAGGUCAGCUCUGAUGGCAGUGUAUUUCCAGAGCUCAUACUAGAGAAACCUCUAGACCGAGAGGCACAAGACAAGCAUGAACUCAUUCUAACAGCUUCUGAUGGUGGAAAUCCCUUACAGACAGGCACUGCCUUAAUUACUAUCAUUAUCAAUGAUAUCAAUGAUAAUUCUCCGAUAUUUACACAGGAUGUAUAUAAAGUAAGUGUUAGGGAAAAUAUACCGGUGAAUUCAACAAUUCUGCAAGUCAGUGCAAGUGACGAAGAUGAAGGUAUCAAUGCUAAGAUCACUUACUCUAUUAGAACCAAAGCAAAAAAUAUUCUUCAGACUUUUACAAUCAAUCCCAGAAAUGGAUUGAUUACAACAAAAGGCUAUAUAGAUUAUGAAGUGUCAAGAUUUUAUGAAAUUUCAGUACAAGCAGAAGAUGGUGGAAGUCUUGCUGCCAAAGCCAAGAUUUUAAUAGAAAUAACAGAUGAAAAUGACAAUGCCCCAGAUAUAUCCAUAACUUCAUUGUCAGAUAUUAUUCCUGAGGAUUCAGCACCUGGAAUGGUGGUAGCACUUAUUAAAGUUCAUGACCGUGACUCAGGAGAAAAUGGAGAGCUUCAAUGCAAAAUAAAAGGUGAUUUACCAUUUGAAUUAAUAUCAUCAGAAAGUAAUUUUUAUAAAAUUGUUACAAAAAGUAGUCUAGAUAGAGAAAACAUAUCAUCCUACAACAUCACAAUACAAGCCUCAGACAAAGGGUCUCCUGAAAUGACAUCAAGUAAAGUUAUUCAAGUGAACAUAACAGAUGUUAAUGACAAUGCCCCAGGGUUUGAGAAAUUGCUUUACACUGCAUUUGUCACUGAAAAUAAUUUACCAGGAUCUUCAAUAUUUAGUAUUCAAGCAAAAGACAUGGACAGUGGUGACAAUGCUAAGAUAACAUAUUCUAUAAAAACUAGAGGUAAAGAAGACGAUUCACUGUCUUCUUAUAUGUCUUUAAAUCCAGUAACAGGGGUCAUAUAUGCGCAAAGGUCAUUUGAAUUAUGAGAAACAUAAAGAAUUUAAUAUUGACAUUAUUGCCAAAGACAAUGGAUCUCCAUCUCUGAGCAGCAGUACAACACUAAAAAUAUGUAUAGUCGACCAGAAUGAUAAUUCACCCAUUAUUCUGUACCCAUCACCAGAGGU